CCAACGCAGGGCUCGAACCCACAGACUGCGAGAUCAUGACCUGAGCCGAAGUCAGACGCUUAACCGACUGAGCCACCCAGGCGCCCCUCCAUAUGAAUUUUUAAAUGAGAUUUCCUAUUUCAGCAAAAAACAUCAUAGGGAUUUUGAUAGAGAUUACAUUAAACCUAUAGAUCACUUUGAGUUGUAUUGACAUCUUAAUAAGUCUUUCAAUCAAUGAACAUGAGAUCUCUUUGCAUUUGCUUAUAUAUUCUUUAAUUUCUUUCAGAAAUGUUUUCGUUGGGGCACCUGGGUGGCUCAUUUGGUUAAGUGUCCAACUUUUGACUUUUGGCUCAGGUCAUGAUCUCACAGUUCGUGGGUUUGAGCCCCAUGCAGUCAGCAUGGAGCCUGCUUGAGAUUCUCUCUCACCCUCUCUCUUUCUGCCUCUCCCAUUUGAGCAUGCGUGUGUUCAUGUGCUCUCAAAAUAAAUAAAUAAUCUUUUUUUAAAAAGUGCUUUUGUUGUUUUCAUCAUACAAGUCUUUCACCUUGGUUAAUUCCUAAGUAUUUUAUGAUAUUAUGAAUGAAAUUGUUUUCUUAAUUUCCUGUUCAAUUGUUCACUUUUAUUGUAUAGUGUUGCAGCUGAUUUUCGUGUGUUGACUUUGUAUCUGCCACUUUGUUGAAUCCAUUUAUUAAUUUCAAGUUCUCUGUGCAAUCUUUAGGGUGUUCUAUAUAUGAGAUUGCAUCUGUGAACAGAGAUAAUUGUACAUCUUCUUUCCCAUUUUGGAUGCCUCAUUUUGGGGGAGAGGGCGGUUAUUUGCUCUGGCUAGAACUUUCAAUACUUUGUUGAAUAGAAAAGGUGAAAGCAGGUCUCCUUGCUUUGUUCCUAAUUUUAGAGGAACAGCUUUCAGCCUUUCACCACUGAGUAUGUUUGCUGUGGGUUUUUCAUGUAUGGCAUUUUAUUAUGUUGAGGUUGUUGCCUUCUAUUCCUAGGAAUCUGAGUGUUUUUAUCAUGAAAGAAUGUUGAAUUUUGUCGCAUGCCUUUUCUGCAUCUAUUGAGAUUAUCAUGCGUUUUUUUUUCCUUCAUUCUCUUAAUGUGGCUUAUUACAUUGAUUAUGUAUACUGAAUCAUCCUUACACUCCACAAAUAAAUCCCACAUGCUUAUGGUGUAUAAUCCUUUUAACAUGCUGCUGCAUUCAGUUUUCUAAUAUUUUUUUGAGGAUUUUUUUUGGAGGAAUCAGUUUUCAUGAGGGAAGUUGAUCUGUAGUUUUUCUUUCUUUUAGUGUCUUUGUCUGCCUUUGGUAUCAGGGUAAUGAUGGCCUAAUAGAGUAAGAAAGUGUUCCUUCCUCUUUAUCUAUUUGGAAAAGCUUGAAAAUGAUCAGUAUUAUUUCUUGAGUGUUUAGUAAAAUUCACCAAUGAAGCCAUUGGGCAAGGGCCUUUCUUUGUCAGGAGAUUUUUAAAAAUUACUGAUUCAUCUUUUUACUAGUUAUAGGUCUAUUUGGAUGAUGUAGCUAUUUUCUCUGUGCUUACUGUGGACAUUGCAUUUAAUAUCUUAAAUUAUAGUACUCUGAAUUUGUACCAGCUUAAACUCAAUAAUAUACGAAAACACUCUGCUAUUUUAACAGCUCUCUCUGAUAACAAAAUUUCCAGUCAUUUAUGUCCGCAUUUAUUUUUUCCUUGAACAUAAUAUCAUGUAGCCUUUUAUUUUCAUAAUAACUACCAUGAUAAUGCAGUCCAUGGUUAACUAUUUUUUAAGUUUCAAUUAAGUGUCAUCUGAUCAUUGUAAAUGACAUUUUUCUUAUACUGAGAAUAUAUUCAAAUCCAACAAUUUUCAUCAAAAUAAAGAGGAUGAAACAUUACCAUAUGGCUUAUGGUUGAGAUUAUAUUUAAAGAUCACUGUAAUUCCCAACAUUAAAACAUGAUAAUUUAUAGUUUUCAGUUAAAUAUAGAUAUGUUUUAAAAGGCAAAAUAAGCUUUUAACUGUAGAAAACAAAGUAUAUUUAAUUCAACAGUUUUAUGUUUGGAAUAUCUGAAUGACAGCAAAUUGCAGUUAGCAUUAUUCUGUGUGUUCUUCACAGUAAUAAAAUGCAUAAAAGGAAAUUUAUACCACAUUAAACUACCUUGUACAUUAAAAUAUUGACAGUAUUGCCUAAAUCUAUUAGCAUUUAAAAAAGUAUCAAGUUCUGAAUUUGCUUCAUUUCAAGAAUAAGAGGGUACUGAUGUACCUUAUAUUCCUGUACCUUUGUAAUGAGGCAGUUACUACAUUGGAAUUGCUAUUAAAAUUAUAAUCUGUUUUUUUUUAAAUAACAUCAUGUUUCAUCUACAUUUUAAUUAUCAAGUAAACAGUGACUUAGGCUUUCUGAUUAGGAACUUAUAUGAAUCCUUAUUUAUAUUAAUAUCCUUAAAUAUCCAUGGUACUUGAAGUAAAAAUGUUAAGGCCAUCCUUUUUAAAGUAACUUGUGAUAGUUUAUUCAGAUCACAUUUAUUAGUCAAAUUUUGAUGUAAUUAUGGGGUUCUGAUUAUAAAUUGCACUAAAGUUGAAAGAGAAGUUUAAUAGGGUUUUCUCAAAUAGUUUUUUUCUGAAAACCUAAUCUUCACUUUAGAUUUACAUUUAAAAAUUUGACUACAGAUUAUUAUAAUAUUCUCAGAUAUGUGUACUUGAUAUUGAUUCAAUGUUAAUUUUAUUCUUAUUGACAUAUGACAAUGACUUAAUAAGAAAAAAAGGUGCAGCGAAAAUUUGACAUAGGAAUAAAGAUCCAAGGGACACUAAGUUAAUUUGGAAUAAUGACUUUUAGAGGCAAAAGUUAUUAGUUCAGCACUUAGAUGUUAUAUAACAAGAACAAAGGAAAAUGUCCCAAAUUUCAAUAUUCUAAGAUUUCAAGUAUCAAAAAGUGAUGUCGCUGUUCAUAAACACUGAAAGAAUUUUAAAUGUAUUUCAGAAAAAUUUCUAAAAAUAUCAUAAGUAAGUUCCUGGUAAUAUUAUUUUAAAAAUUAACACGCACAAUAUCCUAGAAUAAGGUGAACUUUAGUGGCCAAAGUGUUUUAUUUUAAAGCUCCAGUAUUCAGUUACAAAUACUUAAUAAUAAAAACACGAGCUGAUAAAUUGUUUUAAAUGAAAAGAUGUAAGGUUAUUGGUGCAUAUUUCGAUUUUCCCAAAAUCUAAUUGUAAUAUAUUUGUGACCACUGCUAAAGGACAGUAUUGAAUUACAUACUCUUAAGUGAGAGUGUACAGUCUUUAAAAGACAUAAUUGAAAGUGAUUGCAUUGAAUGAAUUGCAAAUGAAUAUAUAGCCUAUUUUGGAAAUCAAUGAAGAAUCUACAAUCUACAGCAUUAGCCACAUGAUGUCGCUGUAUACCACAAAGUCUUGUCAAUGUUAAUGUAUAGAUCACCAAAAACUAAGGGAGGAAGCUCCAUUUUGUUACAGCCUGAGAGAAGACAAAAACAGGAGACAUAUUAUUCAAGAUAUAAAGUAAAGAAAGCAUGAUUUUGAAGUGAGAGCGGUACCAAAGGCGUAGUGGUUUUGCGAUGCUGUUUCCUAGGCAAGGAGGCAAGGGAGCCCAGCGCCUGCUGCUCUUCGUUUUGCUCCUCGCAGCCUGGAAGACUGGGAGUGGUCAGGUCCACUACUCGGUCCCGGAGGAGGCCAAACACGGCACCUUCGUAGGACGCAUCGCGCAAGACCUGGGGCUGGAGCUGGCAGAGCUGGUACCACGCCUGUUCCGGGUGGUGUCCAAAGGCCGUGGGGACCUUCUGGAAGUAAAUCUGCAGAAUGGCAUUUUGUUUGUGAAUUCUCGCAUCGACCGCGAGGAGCUUUGCGGGCUGAAUCUGGAGUGCAACAUCCACCUGGAGGUAAUUGUGGACAGGCCGCUGCAGGUUUUCCAUGUGGAGGUGGAGGUGAAGGACAUUAACGAUAACCCACCGGUUUUCAGAGGGAGAGAACAAAGGUUAUUUAUUCCUGAGUCUAGACUGGUGGAUUCACAUUUCCCGAUAGAGGGUGCUGCUGAUGCGGACAUUGGGACCAAUGCUCUAAUAACUUACACCCUCAGCCCCAGUGAUUAUUUCUCUUUGGAUGUACAGGCAAGUGAUGAACUGAGUAAGUCACUUUCACUUGAAUUGAGGAAAUCUUUGGAUAGAGAAGAAACACCAGAACUUCGUUUAUUAUUGACGGCCACUGAUGGGGGCAAGCCAGAGCUGGAAGGUACAGUUCAGCUGCUGAUCACAGUGCUGGACGUUAAUGAUAAUGCCCCAUUGUUUGCCCAGGCUGUGUAUAGAAUCCAUUUAUUAGAGACUACAGCAAAUGGAACAUUAGUGACUACAUUAAACGCCUCUGAUGCCGAUGAAGGUGUAAAUGGCGAAAUUGUCUUUUCCUUUGGCAGUGAUGUUCCCCUAAACAUUCAAAAAAACUUCAAAAUUGAUUCCAGCUCAGGAGAAAUUAGGCUAAUUGGUAGACUGGAUUAUGAAGAAACAAAAUCUUAUGAAAUUCAUGUAAAAGCAGUUGAUAAAGGAAGUCCUCCAAUGUCAAAUCACUGCAAGGUUUUAGUGAAAGUGCUAGAUGUAAAUGAUAAUGCUCCACAACUGGCAGUCACAUCUCUGUCUUUGCCGGUCAGAGAGGACACUCCACUCAGCACCGUCAUUGCUUUUGUUUCCGUGUCCGACCGCGACUCCGGUGUCAACGGGCAGGUGACCUGCUCUCUGAUGCCUCACAUCCCCUUCAAGCUGGUGUCCACCUUCAAGAAUUACUAUUCGCUGGUGCUGGACAGCGCCCUGGACCGCGAGAGCGUGGCGAGCUAUGAGCUGCUGGUGACCGCACGGGACGGGGGCUCGCCUUCGCUGUCGGCCACGGCCAGCGUGUCCGUGGAAGUGGCCGACGUGAACGACAACGCGCCGACAUUCGCGCAGGCCGAGUACACGGUGUUCGUGAAGGAGAACAACCCUCCCGGCUGCCACAUCUUCACGGUGUCCGCGCGGGACGCGGACGCGCAGGAGAACGCGCUGGUGUCCUACUCGCUGGUGGAGCGGCGGGUGGGCGAGCGUGCGCUGUCGAGCUACGUGUCGGUGCACGCGGAGAGCGGCAAGGUGUACGCGCUGCAGCCGCUGGACCACGAGGAGCUGGAGCUGCUGCAGUUCCAAGUGAGCGCGCGCGACGCGGGCGUGCCCCCGCUGGGCAGCAACGUGACGCUGCAGGUGUUCGUGCUGGACGAGAACGACAACGCGCCCGCGCUGCUGCCGCUGCCUGGGGCGGGCGGCGCGGGCGGCGCCGUGAGCGAGCUGGUGUGGCGGUCGGUGGGCGCGGGCCACGUGGUGGCGAAGGUGCGCGCGGUGGACGCGGACUCGGGCUACAACGCGUGGCUGUCGUACGAGCUGCAGCCGGCGGCGGGUGGCGCGCGCAGCCCGUUCCGCGUGGCGCUGUACACGGGCGAGAUCAGCACGACGCGCAGCCUGGACGAGGCGGACUCGCCGCGCCAGCGCCUGCUGGUGCUGGUGAGGGACCACGGCGAGCCGGCGCUGACGGCCACGGCCACCGUGCUGCUGUCGCUGGUGGAGAGCGGCCAGGCGCCCAAGGCCUCGUCGCGGGUGUUGGCGGGCGCCGCUGGCGCGGAGACGGCGCUGGUGGAUGUCAACGUGUACCUGAUCAUCGCCAUCUGCGCGGUGUCCAGCCUGCUGGUGCUCACGCUGCUGCUGUACGUGGCGCUGCGGUGCUCGGCGCCGCCCAGCGAGGGCGCGUGCGGGCCGGGGAAGCCCACGCUGGUGUGUUCCAGCGCGGUGGGGAGCUGGUCGUACUCGCAGCAGAGGCGGCAGAGGGUGUGCUCUGGGGAGGGUCCGCCCAAGACCGACCUCAUGGCUUUCAGCCCCAGCCUACCUCAAGUUCCAGGCUCCGCAGAUGAAAGACAACAACCCUCAGAGUCAGAACACUUAGGAAAGGUGAGUCUUUUCCAUCGAUUCUAGAAUUGUUCUAUUUCCUUUGUUAAUGAUUCUAUUUUGAUUCAUAUUUGCUUAUUUUUAAUCACUAUCCGAUUGUGCAUUAUAUGGUAUGAAAUAGAGAUGCAUCUUGCACUGAGAACAAUUUAAUUUAAAUGAUUUCCUUAUUUUCACAUUUUGUUUUUUUUUCAUAAUUAAAUCUGUUCAUGAAUAAUAGGACCUUGAAGGAUUGAAAAACACUUAAGCUAAAUUUGAAAACUUAUUACCUGUAAUUUUUUUCUCAAAAUUAAAAAAGUUCAUAACUGGAAAAAAUUUAAAGAGUAUGAAUAUAUAAUGCAUAUUUCCUAUUUACAUCAUCUAUCCAUUCUGUCAGAAUAUAUUGGAAUAGGACUAUAUGUAUAUCUGGAUGUUUUCUAAAUUAUUCUUUCAAUCAAGAAUUCAUUUGUCUUUAUCUGUUUAUGCAACAGGGAAUAAAUAAGGUUUUCAUUUC